AGUCCGCAUGCCCAGUCUCGGGCCCCCGGCGGUGUCGUUACCAUGGGAACGGCAGGCGUCGAGCCUGGGCCCCGGGUGCGGAGCGCCAUGAACCGGGGCAAGGGUGCUGGAAGCAAAGGACCAUCUGGUAAUCUGAAACAGAAGGAGCAACGCAAUAGCAUCCGAUUCAAAUGUGUUUUGACCAACACUAUUCUUGAUGUUCUUCGUCAGCGACCUGGAUGGGUUGAAGUCAAAGAUGAAGGAGAUUGGGACUUUUACUGGUGUGACAUCAGUUGGCUGCGUGAAAACUUCGGCUACACGUAUAUGGAUGAGCAUGUUCGUGUCUGUCACUUUCGCAAUCACUAUGAGUUGACACGGAAAAACUUUAUGGUGAAAAACCUGAAGCGGUUUCGCAAACAGCUGGAGCGUGAUCAGGGGAAGCAAGAGGCAGCAAAAUGUGACUUUUUUCCGAAGACUUUUGAGCUGCCUGUGGAGUACCACCUUUUUGUGGAGGAGUUCAAGAGAAAUCCUGGAAUCACCUGGAUCAUGAAACCGGUUGCAAGAUCACAGGGCAAAGGCAUCUUUCUUUUCCGAAAACUUAAAGAUAUUAUGGAGUGGAGAAAGGAUGGGAAUCGUGCUGAUGACUCAAAGGAUGAAGUUGCUGUGGAAAGUUAUGUUGUUCAGCGCUACAUUGAGAACCCCUAUCUAAUUGGAGGGAGAAAAUUUGAUCUGCGAGUCUAUGUACUGGUGACAUCUUAUGUUCCUCUGAAAGCGUGGUUAUAUAGAGAUGGAUUUGCUCGAUUUUCAAACACCCGAUUUUCACUGAGCAGCAUUGAUGAUCAUUUCAUACAUCUUACGAAUGUUGCUGUGCAGAAAACCGCCCCAGACUAUGAUCCAGAAAAGGGCUGCAAGUGGUUGAUGCAACAACUACGACAGUACCUGACAGCAAAACAUGGCACUGAGGCAGUGGAAGCACUUUUUAGAGAUAUGGACAAUAUCUUCAUUAAAAGUUUGCAAAGUGUCCAAACAGUAAUCAUUAAUGACAAGCAUUGUUUCGAACUCUAUGGAUACGACAUUCUGAUCGACAAGAACCUAAAACCGUGGCUUUUAGAAGUGAAUGCUUCUCCUUCACUAAUAGCUAGUAGCCAGGAAGAUUACGAGUUGAAGUGCCGUUUGCUGGAGGACACAGUGCAUGUUGUAGACAUGGAAGGAAGAUUAUCCGGGAAGGAGAAACAGGUUGGAGGAUUUGACCUAAUGUGGAAUGAUGGUCCAGUUUAUAGUGAUGAUGGAAACUUUGAUGGAGGCAUCAACCUCAUUUCUAACACUCGCUUGGGUUGCAUUAAUGACAGGAAGAAGCAGUUAUGGCAACUCUUUAAACCUCUGAUUACACAGAAGAAGUAGCAGUGCUGAGUAGCACGAUAGAAACUGAUGAAGAAUGUAAAUACUCUAAUUGACCCUGGGCAGAGCAGCCUGUCUGCAAUUGUUUGUAUCCCUAUUUGUCAGCCUGUAGUCUGCCUGGUGUCCCACUGAACGACGAUAUUUAGCGCAAUUUGCUAUACCACUUUUCUCCAGAAUGCUGAGUUCAGUUCUUGUUGCUGUUGACUUCAAAGUAUUGAUGGAAUGAAAACACACAGUUUGAACUUUCGUCCAUUUCGGAAUGAAUGAUCACUUCAGCCAGAACGUAGUAGAAAACAAAAUAAAAUUGUGUGAGGAGGAUAACAUUUAAGUUUCAAUGGUAUGUUUCUGGAAAACAAAGCAAGGUUUCUGCCAGGAAUGUGGAGCAGUCACUGUUUGUACAGAGAGUGCACUAUCAUGUUCAAGACAGUCAGCCUGUAACACUAGGCUGGCUGCUGCAUCUCAGACAAGACCUGGUUGUCUGGUAUUGAUGAUAACAGCGUCAGCUUGAAAUUUACGGCCUUUCCAACUUGUUCACUGACUAUUUCAAAAAGUUCUUCUGACUGAGUGCCCACCUCAAUUGCUGUUCCAGGCAGUCGCUACAUUUUAAUAUGGGAGUUGAGUGAAGCAACGAGUCUGAUCCUAAACAUCAUUUUCUGAUAGAAUUGGUCAGAGCUGCACAUUGUCCCAGACAGCCAGCGCCACAAGCAGCAGAACCAGAGAGAAGAGACACGCUAAAGCUAAAUGUUGCGUCUUGUUAAUGGACCCACUGGGCCUCCAAAGGUCAAGUUUUAGCACAAUACCUUUUGCCUCCAACUGCCACAUCUCAUCAGUCUUUUCUCAUAUGUAAAUAGUUUCGAGAAAAAGCAAUUAUUGAAACACCAAUGUGGAGUCUGUCAUCUCUAUACCUCACCCACCAAAUCCUAGAACUUGCAUGACUGCAGACGAUCCUGGUGGAUUGUCAACCUAAAUUCGUCAAACAUGUUCACUGUAUGGGGUCUGUAAUCCUCAUUAAAAUAGGAACUGAUCUAUUUCCAAAUCUUAGUCAUAGUAAGGUAUACCAAUGAUGACUUGAAGUAGAGAUAUUUCUCGCAGGGUUCUAUCUGUUGGGAGACUUGUGUUUUGAACAUCUGAUGGAUUUAUUAUAGUUACUACUGGUGCGAUUGCUAGACAUUUGCCAAAACAUUUUUGGCAAUAGUCUCUGUUUCGAAAAAAAGAGCCUCUGUUUCUACCGUUGUAAAAGAAAAAUGCUUAGUAACUUAGUUACUGUCAGUCAAUACACUCAUUGUCCCUCUAUGCAGUGGUUCAUGUGACUCACUGUUAAUAAGAACACUGCUUGGUGUGACACACUUAAUCAAUACAGUGCUGAGUGUGACACACUGUCAAUCUUUUUUUAAGCAGUCCUUUGUGAUGUAGGAUGGCUUGCAUCUACUCUAAAUCCAUGGGUUCAGUGAUAUCUGGGAAGUCUAAUGCAUGACCUGCAGGCUCUGCCAUGUGUGGGACAGUGUUCAUGACUUCACCUGUGCACUUUCUCAACCAUGUGCCUUGAUAUGUUGAGUCCUCGCAAAUGAAACUUCUCUAUUUUCAUCAGUCAUAAGCCAGGUACUUCUGUGAGUUACAAAGAAGAUUCAUUGUGAAUUUUAAAUGUUUGACUUUGUUUCUUUCUUCUAGAUGCUGCCAGAAUUGUUGAGUUUCUCCAGUAUUUUCUGGUUUUAGUUCAUAUUUUUGAGCCACAGCUAAAGAGAUUCUUGAUAACAAAGGAGUAAAGAGUUGUCAGUAGCAGCUGAGUAUAUGGAAUUAGGUCUCAAUCAGAUCAGCCGUGAUUUUGUGAAUUGGCAGAUCAAUUGGCCUGCUGCUCCUAAUUUAUAUGUGUGUGUGUAUGUUCCAGCAUCUGCAUUAUUUUGCUUUUGUCUCUUUAGUUAGUAGAGAUGUUUAAACUGCUCAGAAAUGUUUUUUUGUCCCUAAGUUGUUCUGCUGGGUGUCUCCAGCUGCAACCAAGUUGAUUUGCACCAUUACUUUAGGAGUCCAGUCACCUGUAUGAACGGCAUGUUAUUUAGCGUCUUGAUGCUGGAAACAUUGGUUUGGGCAAGGACUGUACUAUUUCUUGCCACUGGAUGUGCUGGAUCCUGUGUCGGCAAUUUGCUGGAUCCUGGUGGUAAUUCUCAGUGCUUUGCGGUGCCUACUAUAAGUUGUCCAAAUCUAAAUCUUCAGGCUUGAGAUCUUGGUCCUCAAUUACACUUUGUUUCAGUCAACCAAAGACAGAGCUGACACAGACAGUAUUGUUGAAUUUGUCACCAGUGUCUGCCUUUGUUAACAGUAGGCUCCCAAGGCAUAGAAAAUAGUUCACAUUUUUCAAGACUUGACAGUUGAAGAACAAUGACCUGGAGCUUGGACAGUAAGUGAGUACGCACAUAAGUGAUAGCUGCAUCCUGAAGCUCAGUUCCCGUGGCAGCAUGGCAGAUCAAUCAAAAGUUGCUGGAUUAAGGCUCAGUGGAGGAGUUGGUUAAACUUCCAGCAGAUUUUGAGUUGAUGUAUGGAUGUGUAAGAAUUAGAAUUUGGAGUAGACCAUUUGCCUGCUGCAUCAAUUAAUAUGAUUAUAUGCCUUAACUCCAUUUUCCUGUCUGUUCAAAAAUCUAACUAACCCAGUCUUGAAUACAUUCAAUGACACAACCUCUACUGCUCUCUGGUGAAAAGAAUUCAAACGCAAAUGACCAUCUGUGAAAGGAAAAGCCUCUUCAAA